UCCAUCCCAAACGGACGACCCAAUAAUCCGACAUGGCCGCCGCCGCCCGCACCGGCCUCCCACCGGCGGAGGAUGAUCCGCUCGAGGGGGGCGAAUCGGAGGAAGAGGAGGAGGUGGAGAGCGGCGAAGAGGGAACCGAUGAUGGGUCGGAGCCUGCAAGCCUCGCCGACCUCUAUGAAUCCGACGCGGGCUCCGACGAUGACGAGGACCCCUCGUUCGACCCCGCCGCCGACGGGGGCCCGGAGGCGGAGGCCGCGCUGUGGUCCGGGAUGGCCCGUCUGUCCAUCUCCGCGCGCAAGGGCAGAAAAGGAUCUGUGGCGCCGAAGAUGGGAAAGGAGGACAAUGAUCUUUUGGCGAUGGUGGACAAACUGAUGCGCGAUGGUCAGUUAAAGAAAUUAAAAGUUUAUGAAUGCAAAGCAUACUUGAGGAUGCACAAGUUGAGAUUGUCAGGCAAGAAAGAAGACCUUCUAAAUCGUAUCAGAGAGCAUAUUGAGGUCAAAAUUUUGGGUGAGCUGAAGUAUCCGGCAUCAAGCUUUGUUCUGAACUGUAAAGGUGAUGCAUGCAAAGGUGAUGUCGUGGUGUUUGAGCAAAAUAUUUACAGAAGAAAAAAAGGAGAUCCUCGUGGAGUCAAAAGUCGCCUAUGUGGUCAGAGGACAAACGCAGGUCGAAUCAUCAAAGAAAGCUAUGGCACUGCGAAGCAACAGCAUACAUUCACUGUUGAAAUUUUAUGGAGUAAAGGAUACAAACCAUGGCCUCCCCUUCAUCCUCUCCUCAUAAAGGGAAGAAAUCUUUACAAGGAUAAGACUAUGAGACAGCCAUGGCCUGAUGAACAGGAAAGAAGCAGAGUCCUACAAGAAAAACAUGCAAGAGGGUUCCUUGCACGUAAGUCAAGGGAGGUCAGGAUUCAUGAGAAAGAGAUUGGCAAGAUGAGGAGAUUUAAUAGGACUAACGAUAACACAAGCAAAGGGAAAGAGAACAUGAAUCGAAUAUCAUCUCAAAAAGUUCUUCCACAACAAAAGGUUAUUUCCAUGAAUAUCGUUGAUCAAAGGUUCGAUGAAAGAAUGACUCCUUCCCUCCAGCAUGGUCAACCUGGGAACGCAAGUCAGCAGCAUCAGAUUUCUUCAAAGCAAAAUCCUGCAAAUAAUUUGCUCCAUCAGCAACAACCCUAUCACCAGCACUGCAAUGAAGUGCUUCCACGGGAGGGUGCAACGAGAACUUCUAGGACAGAGUUUAGCACCUAUCAGGUUCGCUCCAUCCAACAUGUCAAACCAGAGAAAACAAUUCAGCAGCAAAUACUGUCAAGGCCUACCCCUGCACAGCAAAGCUUUAAGCACCCAACACAACACAACAAUCAUAGGCCUGCUUCUGCACAUCAUAUGUUCAAGCACCUGCAGGACCACAAUAAUCAUCACCAGCACAACAAGGUGCUUCCGCAGGAGGAUACAACAAGAACUUUCAGCAUACUUGGUCAGGCCCCUUGCCUUAAGCAUGGAGGACUAGGGAACGCGAUGCCACUGGAGAAAAUAUUGAAGCCAACUCCCAUAGAACAGAUCAGAAACCAGCCACAGCCCAUCAAACAUCAGCAUCAAAAUGCAGUGCUUCUACAGAAGGGUGCAAAGAAGGAAACUUACAGAGUAGAUUCCAUCGAUAACCGCAAUUACCAUCGAACAGAAUCCGGUAAGGCCCCUUGUAUUCAACACAUGGGAGCAGUGAAUGCCAGGCAGCAGAACAUACCAUCAAAGCCGACACUUCCACAGCUGACAACAAACCCACCAAGGUCCCCCAAGCAUGGAAACACACACCAGCAUGGCUACAAUGGUCAUCAACAUGGUCAGGUUGAUCACCAAUGGCAUCAUCCUCUCAGGCCUAGCAAUAAGAAUUUCUGUUCAACAAACCUAGUAGAGGAUUACGGUUAUCAAGGGCAAAUGACUCAAGAGCAGUAUCAUCCUCAAGUGCGACGUCACCAGAAUCAUCAGACCCAAAAGAUCCAUCAUCAGAAUCGCCACGAUAGCCGGAGAAUGAACCACAACCAGUAUCAUCCCCAAGAGAACUAUCAUCAGAAUUACUGGUACUCCCAGCAGUUUCCGCCACUAAAGCCAUGUUCCCAGCAGUUUCCACCGCUGAAGCCAUGCGCCCAGCAGUUUCCACCGCUGAAGCCGUGCCACUACUAUCAACGAGGGUUGUGGUGCCCCUAUGAAGAAAACUGCAAGUUCUCCCAUGACAAUUAAAGAAUGUUGAGUGAGGUAGUAUACCUUGUGCAGUCAAUCUCAUCAAUAAUUUUAUAGGCGGACAAUCGAGAUUUUUUUUUAUCAAGUACAAUCGAGAAUUUAAAGGUGAACACUGUUGUUUACCCCUUUGGUCAGUCAACUUGUGUUGGCAAGUCACAGUAAGACUACACGUUGGUACACCUUUAUUUUUUUACUUCUUGCUUUUGAUUCAUCACGCUCUUGUAUCAGAUAUUUUGGUACCAUGUGGUGCCCUACAGUUUUGUGACAUCCUACAUACCAGAUUGAUGGAUGUUAAAUGUGGAGGCUUGGUCCAUGAAUAUGGUUAAUAAA